AUAUUCGACUGAAAGCGCUUGGAAGGGUCGAAAUCAUCGAAUACGAUAAUCGGAUAUGAUUCUAAUGAGGUUUAGACAGAUUGGAGCGGUUAUUGUUAGGUGGACCGAUUUCCGUUCUUAUGCGGACUUGACUUUUGAAGCAGCAAAAUUAUCUGUUUUACCAAAAUCAUUACUUUUACAAAUAUACAUCCCACUAAGUAAUAUAGAAUCUGUUAUGACAGUAGUCAUACUGUCAUAAGGACACGUAGGACGUAGUUCUAUGCUUAGACAUUCCGUUCUCAUUAUUGUUUAUUCUUAUACAAUUCUUAUAUGAUUCAGCAUUCCUUCUUAACUCAUUGUUCUUCUUACUGAGUCACGAUCUCUCAUCAACUAUAAAUUAAUUUAGCUUCAAGAGCUUGAGAGCGCUUUUUUGUAAUUUCGAUUUUUCAAAUAAAAUACGGCAGGCCAGCAUAUUGGUGCACUAGCCGGAUCUAUUAAACUGGUCAUAUCAUUGAGUGCAUGCGUUUGAGAACGGGAAAAGUCUAUCCACCGCCGGCGAACACAACUACCCAACCAUCUACCAUACAAGACAACAACAUUCUCUCCAACUAUAGGGCUUCAUCGGAAGAGUUGCUUUUGGAUGCAAUUGUGAAGGACUUCCCCAAGUUUCAUGGCAAUAAAACUGAAAAUGUUGAUGAAUGAAUACGAGCAGUUACUGCCAAAUUCAUUGCUUUAGACCUUGACGAUUCAAAGAAACGUAAAUGGGCCCCACAAUUCUUAAUUGGUGAAGCUCUAAGAUCGUAUCUUACUCAGCAUACGACCAUCACAACCUGGGGAUGAGUUUCAACACACAUUACGAACAAAUUAUCCACCACCGGCGGAACCUAUAUGUUCAAGUAUUUUUCAACAAAUAUUAUCUCGAAAACAACAGCCCAGUGAAAAAUUUAUACAUUAUUAUACUGAUAUAAAAAAAUUUUGUUACCAAUACGAUCCGGCCAUGUCAAAGGAACAACAACUAGAUCAUCUACGCAAUGGUAUGAAAAUUACUCUAUUAGACAAAACUAGUGGGCUCGAUAUCACAACAACGGAAAAACUCUUAGAAUUAGUUCUACGAUAUGAGGCUGACCAACAACUUAUCGAGUCUCGUACAUCACAAACACCAAUAGACAUCAAUCCCAUAUUGUCGUCCACCACACAAAUGCAACCUCCCCCAUCAACAGCGCAAUUUUCUUCCUUUUAUCCUUCGUCACAGUACUAUCAUAAUUAUCGUCAACGGACACCACCUUACUCAGCAUAUCAAUUGUCCUCCUCACAGUCUUUCCACCGUCCAAGCAAUCGGUCUAACAUAUGCUAUCGCUGUGAACAACAUGGACAUUAUGCUCGUGGAUGUUUAAAACGAUGA